AUGAUUUCUUUAUCCUCUUCCGCUACGUCUCUUCCUAGUUUAUGCUCCCGUGACCGUUCCGGCAGCGAUUCCACCGUCGCGGCAACAAGGAGUGUUAGGUUGUUUCAUAAGCAGAAGAAAGUUGUAAGCUGUUGCAUAGCUCCUCCUCCUCGGAACUUGAACAAGGAUGGAUUCUCGUCCACCAAAUUCACUAAUCUCUCCAAUUUGAGAGGUAAUCAUGAAGAAGUAGAGCCUGAGAGUGACUCAGAUGUUCUUAUAGAAUGCAGAGAUGUCUAUAAAUCGUUUGGGGAUAAGCAUAUCUUGAAAGGCGUUAGCUUUAAGAUUAGACAUGGCGAGGCAGUUGGAGUUAUCGGUCCUUCAGGGACUGGAAAGUCGACGAUUUUAAAGAUCAUUGCUGGUCUUCUUGCUCCAGACAAGGGAGAGGUGUAUAUACGCGGCAAAAAGCGAGUCGGUCUGAUUAGUGAUGAGGAAAUAUCUGGACUUCGUAUUGGCUUGGUAUUUCAGAGUGGAGCUCUCUUUGAUUCUUUGACUGUUCGUGAAAACGUUGGCUUCCUUUUAUAUGAAAGAUCAAAAAUGCCUGAGACUCGAAUAUCUGAGCUUGUUACAGAAACCUUGGCAGCUGUUGGUUUGAAGGGUGUUGAGAAUCGGCUACCUUCUGAGCUAUCUGGUGGGAUGAAGAAACGGGUUGCUUUAGCCCGUUCGAUAAUUUUCGAUACAACAAAAGAUGUCAUAGAGCCAGAGGUGCUCUUGUACGAUGAACCAACAGCAGGACUUGAUCCUAUAGCCUCAACUGUAGUUGAAGAUCUUAUCCGCUCUGUUCACAUGAGGGGCGAGGAUGCAGUUGGAAAACCCGGAAAUAUCUCUUCUUAUGUGGUUGUUACUCAUCAACAUAGCACCAUCCAAAGAGCUGUAGACAGGUUAUUGUUUCUGUAUGAGGGAAAGGUUGUUUGGCAAGGAAUGACCCACGAGUUUACCACAUCAACAAAUCCAAUAGUUCAACAGUUUGCAUCAGGCAGCCUCAAUGGACCAAUCAGAUACUAA